AUGUCGAAGCGGCCAAACAAACUCGCAUUUCUGACUCAAGUCGCGCCUUCAGGAUAUGUCCCUGGUCUAGGACGAGGCGCGUCGGGCUUCACCACUCGGUCUGAUAUCGGACCUGCUCGUGAAGGUCCAUCAGCAGAAGUCAUAGCCGAAGCCCAAGCUAGGAGAGGCGAAGAAGUUGAAGUAGAUCCAGAGCAAUUUCAAGACCCUGACAAUGAAACGGGUCUUUUCGCCGGAAUGGCGUACGACGACGCCGAUGAAGAGGCGGACAGAAUCUAUGAAGCUGUGGACGCAAAAAUGGAUGAGAGGAGAAAGGCCCGAAGAGAAGCCAGAGAGGCAGAGAUACUCGCCACAACCCGUGCAGAGCGGCCGAAAAUCCAAGCUCAAUUUGCUGAUCUCAAGAGAGGACUCUCUGCUGUCUCAGACGCAGAGUGGGAGAACCUUCCCGAAGUUGGAAAUCUUACAGGAAAGCGGAGAAAGUUGAAUCCACGGGAAGGGAGAGCCUACGUUGUUCCGGAUAGUGUCGUACUUGGAGAUCGUAGCAAAGCUGGGUAUGAAAAUGCAUUGGAUCCGAUGCAGCAAGCGACAGGAGGAUUCGAGACGCCCGCAAAUGCAGGGGGAAUGGUCGAUAUUGUGGGCAUCAGCCAGGCAAGAGACAAGGUUCUUUCCCUCAAGCUCGACCAGGCCUCACGCAGCUCGGUAUCAAAUGGUACUUCGACUAGCAUCGAUCCAAAGGGCUAUCUUACCUCUCUCGACAGCGUCGUUCACAAGACGGAUGCUGAAAUCGGAGAUAUCAAACAAGCCAGAGCUUUGUUAGACUCUUUAGUCAAAAACAAUCGCAAGCAUGCUCCUGGUUGGAUUGCGGCGGCAUGCGUCGAGGAACAUGCUGGAAGAAUGGUAGCUGCUCGCAAGCUAAUCAGGCAAGGAUGUGAAGAAUGCCCGAAAAGCGAGGAUGUAUGGCUAGAGGCAGCUAGACUACACAAUACUGAGGACGCAAAAGUCAUCCUGGCGAAUGCCGUUCAGCAUCUCGACCAAAGCGUGAAGAUCUGGCUAGCAGCAGCCGAGCUAGAGGGUGAUCCCAAAGCGAAGAGAAAGGUUUUACGAACAGCCGUGGAGCAUAUCCCGAAAUCAGUGAGAUUGUGGAAGGAAGUCGUCAACAUGGAAAAUUCGCCCGAGGAGGCUCGUAUCAUUCUCGCUCGCGCCGUGGAGGUUAUUCCUCAAUCUGUCGAGCUCUGGUUAGCGUUGGCUCGCCUCGAGACUCCAGAGAAAGCGCAAAAAGUCCUCAACUCUGCGAGGAAAGCCAUCCCGACCUCUCACGAAAUCUGGAUUGCCGCAGCUCGCUUGAUGGAGCAAGAGGCAGCACGACCAGAAAAGGACGAAGCAGCUCGUCAAAAGGAUUACAAGACGGUCGACAAUAUUAUCGCAUCCAGCGUGUCCAACCUACGUCGCAACCAUGUGCUGCUCACAAGAGAUCAAUGGAUGAAGGAAGCGGAGCAAUGCGAACGCGAUGGCUCGCCGAGAACCUGCGAGGCGAUUAUCAAGGCCACUAUCUCAAUGGAAAUCGAAGAAGAAGAUCGCUAUGAUGUGUGGAAGGCCGACGCAGAGAGUGCCCUUGCGCGCAAUCAGGUUGGGACCGCUCGUGCCAUCCUGGCAUAUGCUCUCAAGGUCUUCCCAGACAGAAGGGCGCUCUGGAGAGAAGCUGCUGACCUCGAGAAGGAGCACGGUACAAGACAAGCACUGGAGGAACUGCUCUCCCAAGCAGUUCAACACUGUCCUCAAGCAGAGACCCUCUGGCUCAUGCUCGCAAAGGAGAAGUGGAUGGGCGGAGAUGUUCCAGGAGCUCGAGUCGUCUUACAUCAAGCAUUCGACGCAAAUCUGGAGAGUGAACAAAUUUGGCUUGCGGCUGUCAAGUUGGAGGUUGAGAACAACGAACUUCAGGCGGCGAAGGAGAUUCUCAAUCGCGCAACCAGCGUAGCUGGUACUGAACGUAUUUGGAUGAAGGCAGCCGUAUUCGAACGACAGCAAGGCAAUCUUGAGGCAGCAUUGGACACCGUGAACACAGCACUCGCAAAGUAUCCAAAAUUUGCCAAGUUUUACAUGAUCAAGGGUCAAAUAUUACAAUCUCAAAAGGACAUACCUGCAGCCCGCGCUACGUAUGCCACAGGUGUCAAGGAGUGUCCAAAGGAUGUUCGCCUAUGGAUCCUAUCCAGUCGGCUAGAGGAAGCAGACGACAAGCGUAUCAUGGCAAGAGCACUGCUCAACAAAGCCCGGCUUGCAAAUCCCAAUAAUGAUCUUUUGUGGGCGGAGAGCGUCCAUCUUGAAGAACGAGCCGGGCAACCAAAUCAAGCUAAGUCGAACCUUGCACGAGCUCUACAAGAAUGUCCCACUUCCGGUUUGCUUUGGUCAAUGGCAGUUAUGGCUGAACCUAGGCCCUCACGACGCAAUAAGUCAAUGGACGCUCUACGGAAGCUAGGCGAUGAUCCACUCAUUCUAUGCACCAUUGCGCGCAUGUUCUGGUCCGAGCGCUCCAUCGAAAAGGCACGAUCUUGGUUCGCGAGAGCGGCAAAGGCAGACAGAGAUAUCGGUGACAUAUGGGCUUGGUGGCUAAAGUUUGAACUCGAGCAUGGUACUCAGGAACAUCAACAACAGGUCAUUGAUCAAUGCGUUGCUGCUGAGCCGCGUCAUGGGACAGUAUGGCCAAGCAUUGCCAAAGAUGUCGCAAAUGCUCGGAAGACCACACGAGACAUCCUCUUCUUGGUUGCGAAGCAGCUUCACUAG